AUGGAAGAAGCGAGUCAAGAUUUAGAAGCGAAGGCAGCUGAGAGUCCCAUGGAUGCUGUCAAGAUGGGCGAAACAUGUGGAGAGAUUGAUCAAGGGGCACAUGAUGGUGUUGUGGAUGCUGGUGAGAUUGACGCAGUAUGUGGAAAUAAGGUUGAAGGGACAGCUGAGUGUCCAGUGAAUGCAGCCAGGAUGGAACAAGCCCAUCAAGAUUUACAGAAGAAGAUAGUUGAAAGUCGCAUGGGUGCUGCCAAGAUGGGUGAAACAUGUGGAGAGAUUGAGGAAGGGGCAGAUGAGAGCCUCGAUGAUAAUGCUGAGAUUGACAGAGGAUGUGGAAAUGAGGAGGAAGGAGCGGCUAAGGGUCUCGUGAAUGCUGCCGACAUGGAAGAAGCGAGUCAAGAUUUAGAAGAGAAGGCAGCUGAGAGUCCCAUGGAUGCUGUCAAGAUGGGCGAAACAUGUGGAGAGAUUGAUGAAGGGGCACAUGAUGGUGUUGUGGAUGCUGGUGAGAUUGACGCAGUAUGUGGAAGUGAGGUUGAAGGGACAGCUGAGUGUCUAGUGAAUGCUGCCAGGAUGGAACGAGCCCAUCAAGAUUUACAGGAGAAGAUAGUUGAAAGUCGCAUGGAUGCUGCCAAGAUGGGCGAAACAUGUGGAGAGAUUGAGGAAGGGGCAGAUGAGAGCCUCGAUGAUAAUGCUGAGAUUGACAAAGGAUGUGGAAAUGAGGAGGAAGGAGCGGCUAAGGGUCUCGUGAAUGCUGCCGACAUGGAAGAAGCGAGUCAGGAUUUAGAAGAGAAGGCAGCUGAGAGUCCCAUGGAUGCUGUCAAGAUGGGCGAAACAUGUGGAGAGAUUGAUGAAGGGGCACAUGAUGGUGUUGUGGAUGCUGGUGAGAUUGACGCAGUAUGUGGAAAUGAGGUUGAAGGGACAGCUGAGUGUCCAGUGAAUGCUGCCAGGAUGGAACAAGCCCAUCAAGAUUUACAGGAGAAGAUAGUUGAAAGUCGCAUGGGUGCUGCCAAGAUGGGCGAAACAUGUGGAGAGAUUGAGGAAGGGGCAGAUGAGAGCCUCGAUGAUAAUGCUGAGAUUGACAAAGGAUGUGGAAAUGAGGAGGAAGGAGCUGCUAAGGGUCUCGUGAAUGCUGCCGACAUGGAAGAAGCGAGUCAAGAUUUAGAAGAGAAGGCAGCUGAGAGUCCCAUGGAUGCUGUCAAGAUGGGCGAAACAUGUGGAGAGAUUGAUGAAGGGGCACAUGAUGGUGUUGUGGAUGCUGGUGAGAUUGACGCAGUAUGUGGAAAUGAGGUUGAAGGGACAGCUGAGAGUCCAGUGAAUGCUGCCAGGAUGGAACAAGCCCAUCAAGAUUUACAGGAGAAGAUAGUUGAAAGUCGCAUGGAUGCUGCCAAGAUGGGCGAAACAUGUGGAGAGAUUGAGGAAGGGGCAGAUGAGAGCCUCGAUGAUAAUGCUGAGAUUGACAAAGGAUGUGGAAAUGAGGAGGAAGGAGCGGCUAAGGGUCUCGUGAAUGCUGCCGACAUGGAAGAAGCGAGUCAGGAUUUAGAAGAGAAGGCAGCUGAGAGUCCCAUGGAUGCUGUCAAGAUGGGCGAAACAUGUGGAGAGAUUGAUGAAGGGGCACAUGAUGGUGUUGUGGAUGCUGGUGAGAUUGACGCAGUAUGUGGAAAUGAGGUUGAAGGGACAGCUGAGUGUCCAGUGAAUGCUGCCAGGAUGGAACAAGCCCAUCAAGAUUUACAGGAGAAGAUAGUUGAAAGUCGCAUGGGUGCUGCCAAGAUGGGCGAAACAUGUGGAGAGAUUGAGGAAGGGGCAGAUGAGAGCCUCGAUGAUAAUGCUGAGAUUGACAAAGGAUGUGGAAAUGAGGAGGAAGGAGCGGCUAAGGGUCUCGUGAAUGCUGCCGACAUGGAAGAAGCGAAUCAAGAUUUAGAAGAGAAGGCAGCUGAGAGUCCCAUGGAUGCUGUCAAGAUGGGCGAAACAUGUGGAGAGAUUGAUGAAGGGGCACAUGAUGGUGUUGUGGAUGCUGGUGAGAUUGACGCAGUAUGUGGAAAUGAGGUUGAAGGGACAGCUGAGUGUCUAGUGAAUGCUGCCAGGAUGGAACGAGCCCAUCAAGAUUUACAGGAGAAGAUAGUUGAAAGUCGCAUGGAUGCUGCCAAGAUGGGCGAAACAUGUGAAGAUAUUGAUGAAGGGGCAGAUGAUUGUGUAGUGGAUGCUGCUGAGAUUGACACAGUAUGUGGAGAUGAGGAUGAAGGGGCAGCUGAGUGUCUCAUGAUUACUGCCAGGAUGGAACAAGCCCAUCAAGAUUUACAGGAGAAGAUAGUUGAGAGUCGCAUGGGCGCUACCAAGAUGGGCGAAACAUGUGGAGAGAUUGAGGAAGGGGCAGAUGAGAGUCUCGAGGAUGAUGCUGAGAUUGACAAAGUAUGUGGAAAUGAGGAGGAAAGUGCGGCUAAGGGUCUCGUGAAUGCUGCCGACAUGGAAAAAGCUCAUCAAGAUUUAGAGGAAGACGCAGCCGAGAGUCUGAUGGAUGCUUCCAAGAAGGAGGAAGUUCGUGUAGAUGUUGAGGAGGGAGCAGCUAAGAGUCCUUGUAGCCAACCCUCGGGUGCCGCUUGCACCCACUGA